AUGAUAACCAAGAGUCAGUUGGACUUUAUCCUGAACCCCAUGGAGACCCCUCAACACGAACCGCUAACCGAUACGUUACUUUCUAAAUCUCCAAUCUGGACAUCGAUCUCGCCAAACUCCGUGUCGGGCUGGAAUGAAGAGCAUGCACUGCUUUACUAUCCACACACGUCUAAUCUACACCACAGAUGCGACACCCACCAACUGCCUAGUCCGGUCAUGUCUCUGCCUUGCCAAUUGGUACUGCCGUCGAUCUUCACCCGAUCGGCAACCGUCUCCUCUCCGAUUAACGUGUCGACGGCUAUGAACUUCGAGAAAGAGAAGUCAUACCUUGACAGUCCCAAGAAGUUUUUGUCAUUUUUGUCGCACAAGAAGAGGACACGCAAGUGCAAUGAAAAGGGCUGCCCCAGUCUGGUGGUGUCGCGCAGGAGAUGCGUACGACACGGUGGCGGCUCGCGUUGCACCUAUGAGGGCUGCACCAAUGGUGCCAAGCUCCGUAGUCGCUGCUUCCAACACGGUGGUUGUGCCAUCUGUCAGGCCUCGGGCUGUAACAGCAAAGCCAAGCGCUACGGCUACUGCUGGUCGCAUGGCGGCGGACUUAUCUGUAGCGCCGAGGGCUGCCUUAAGGUGGCGGCCCAGGGCGGCUCCUGCUGGGCCCACGGCGGCGGCAACCGCUGUAAGCUCGAGAGCUGCAGCAAGCGUUCGUACCAGAAGUACGGCUAUUACUGCAAGGCUCAUGCGUGCUACAACGUAUAA